GGAACGGAGCCGGUGGAGGGGCUGUCCCCUGGUUUCCUGCCCAGCCUCGUGGGCAGCAGCUGCACUUCGUCCCUCAACGUGUGAGCGGAGGUCCUGCAGCCAUCUGGAGGAAGCCAGGGGUGAGGAACUGCCCGGAGCCCCACGCGCCGCGGCUGGGUCUCCUCUCCCCUCUCCGCCAGCAGCAGCCAUGAGAAGACCCCCGGCACUCGGCUGCUGCCGCGCCGCCCUCGCGCCGUGCCCGGGGCGCUGUGCCCGCGGUGCCGGGCUGGCCCUCGCCCUCCUUGCCCUGCUGCUGCUGCUCCCGGCCGCGCAGCACAGGCUGGGGCUCGAGCUCUCCAGGACCCCCACCCGCCCGCAGGCACCCAGAGCCCCUACGACAGAGGCCCCAGAGCUGGUGACACGGUCACCGCGCCUGACCCCCGUCCCCAGCCUGCCACCAAGCCUCGGGGACACGUACGGGCGGGAUGAGACCUACCGCAGCUCGGAGUGCCCCAGCAGCAUCAGGAAGAGGAUCACGGCCACCGAGUUCGGGGCCGCCUUCCUGGCGACCGUCCCGGUGCUGCAGUGGGCGCAGCACGCGCGGGAGGACGAGUACCGGCGGCUCCGCAGAUACGCGGGGGCUCACGGCUGGAAGGACGUCGGCUGGGACGUCCUGAAGGCGUCCCUGUCCCUCCUCAACACGUCGGCCAGCGGGCUCCUCUGGGACAGCCGGCGGGCGGCGGCGCCCUGCGUGCGCUGCGCCGUGGUGGGCAACGGCGGCGUCCUCAACGGGUCCCGCAUGGGGCCCGCCAUCGACGCCCACCACCACGUCUUCAGGGUGAACGGGGCCAUCACGGCGGGCUUCGAGAGGGACGUGGGCAACAGGACGUCCUUCUACGUCUUCUCCACCAACACCAUGAUGAACUCGCUCAGCAGCUACGCCGCGGACGGCUUCAAGCACCCACCCCAGACUCCGGAGACGCGCUACGUCUUCCUCCCGGACCACGACCGCGACUACCUGCUGCUGCGGGCGGCCCUGACCCGCCAGCGCGUGGACAGGGGCCGGGACAAGGGGGCCUGGCCCCAGGACUACUUCGGUCAGGACCUGCGGGCUGAGAAGUUCAGGAUGCUCCACCCGGACUUCAUCCGCUACCUCAGGAACCGUUUCCUCCGUGCUGACAUCUUGGCCACGCCGCUCUGGCCGCUGUACCGGCCCUCCACCGGCGCCGUGAUGCUCCUGGCCGCCAUCCACACCUGCGAUGAGGUGAGCGCCUUCGGGUUCAUGACGCCGGGCUACCGGGCGUACUCGGACCACUACUUCGACCGCGGGCACAAGCCGGUGCAGUUCUUCGCCAACCACGACCUGAAGCUGGAGAUGCAGCUGUGGCAGCGGCUCCAGCGCAGCGGGCUCCUGCGCCUCUACACCGGCACGGAGGGGACGUGAUGCCCCGGACACUGUGAGCCGUGCCCGCGGUGAGCCGGGCUGGGAGCGCUGCUGGGACCUGAGUGAGAAUCUGAGAUGCCGGAGGAGGAGAUCAUCUUCUGCCCUUCUUCAAGAAGCCCGGGGAGAGCCCCUGGGGCAGGGCUGGGCCCAGGCAAGGUUUGUG